AUGUCUAGCUCUAAUAGAUUCAAGGGAUCAAAGAAUUUUAUUAUAUUUAUUAUUGUGAUCUUCCCAAUUGACGAAGUCAUAGUCAGCCCCCAUAAAAUAAGGAGAACAAAGAGACGUUCAUUUCUAUUCGAUUUGAGUUCUGUAAUUCUGGGAUUUGUAAUUUAUUUUCCCAUUGAUUUUAUGGUUGUUUAUUAGUUGAUGUCUUAAAUGGGGAACCAGACAAAGGAGAAGUUAUUCACUUUGACAAACAUAUCAUGAUGGCGACUUUAACGGAAUAUGUUGAUAAGGCUGUCGGCCUGGCAUUGAUCAUGUGUAUAUUCCCAGGAAAGGUACACAAAAAUGAAAAUGACCAAUCUAUAAGGGCUAUAUGAAUAUACAUAUAAGUGAGGGAUGCUUCCAUGCAUUAACAUGUUAGGUAGGUAUUCACGGGCUUUGAGAAAGACUUCUAAUGUAGUUUAAUUUGACCAUGUCACUGUCCAAUGGAAUUUUUGCAUGUGGGAUUAAUUCAUAUAUUGAAUGAGACUGUAUUUUCUUUCUAGGUUAAAGAAUAUUUGUUGGGAUAUAGCUGUCAUCUAGGAUAAAUUUAAACUGUUUUUGUCCAGGCCUUCCCUGUUUCCUGCUCUAUAUAAACGUAAAGAAGAAAAAAAGGCCACCAAUGCAUAACCAAGCCAUGGAUUCCCAAACAAACCAGCUUCACUUUAUCAUGUUUCCCAUAAUGGCCCAAGGCCACAUGAUCCCAAUGAUAGACAUUGCUAAAAUGUUUGCUCAACGCGGUGUUAUCAUCACCAUAGUUACCACACCACAUAAUGCUGCUCGUUUCAAAAAAAGUAUUGAUCGAGCCACAGUUUCUGGCCUCCAAAUCCGAGUAAUCCAACUGAAUUUUCCAUGCGAAGAAGCAGGAUUGCCAAAAGGGUGUGAGAAUUUCGACAUGUUACCUUCACCAAACUUAGCUUUCAAUCUUUUCACUGCAACCGCGAAGCUACAAGAGCCAGCAGAAAAGUUGAUCCAAGAGCUAAAACCUCCGCCAAGUUGCAUUAUAUCUGACUUCUGCUUGCCAUGGACUAUCGAUAUCGCUCGCAGGUUUCAUGUACCAAGAGUUACUUUCCAUGCGACAAGUUGCUUUACUAUCUUGUGUACGCACAUUUUGUACGCUGCCAUGGUUCACCAAGACAUAAUCCCGAAAUCAGACUCAGACUACUUUGUUGUGCCUGGACUGCCUGAUCGAAUUGAGAUAACAAGAGCUCAGAUACCAGCACCCUUGUCUCCAAACUUGAUAGAUUUCUGUCUACAAAUUGAAGAAGCUGAUAAGGCUUCCCAUGGAGUAAUCUUCAAUUCUUUUGAUGAGUUGGAGAUGGAAUAUGUCAAAGAAUACAACAAGGUUAAAAGGGUUUGGUGUGUAGGCCCAGCUUCAGUAUGUAACAAAGACGAAAUGGACAAGGCUCAAAGAGGUAACAAUAUGUCCGCAAUUGAUGAAUACCACAGCUUGAAGUGGCUUGAUUCAUGGGAACCAAACUCCGUACUCUAUGCCUGCCUUGGAAGCCUUUGUAAUCUAGAGUCUUCACAACUGAUAGAGCUUGGAUUGGGCUUAGAAGCGUCAAAUAAACCAUUCAUUUGGGUAAUAAGGGGAGGAAAAGAAUUAGAAGAAGUAGAAAAGUGGAUUGUAAGAGAUGGAUUUGAGGAAAAAAUAAAAAAAAGAGGGCUCGUGAUUCACGGUUGGGCGCCACAAUUAUUGAUAUUAUCACACCCGGCAAUUGGUGGGUUCUUAACACAUUGUGGUUGGAAUUCUAUAUUGGAAGGGGUGUGUUACGGGAUUCCAAUGGUCACUUGGCCACUAUUUGGUGACCAAUUCUUGGGGGAGAGACUAGUUGAGAAUGUACUCAAAAUUGGUAUGAGUGUUGGGGUGGAGGAACCAGUGAAGUGGGAUGAGGAAGAGAAAAGUGGGGUGUUAGUGGAAAAAGACCGAGUGAAAAGGGCAGUUGAGAGACUGAUGGACGGAGGAGAAGAAAGCCAAGCGAGAAGGGAAAGAGCUAGAGAGUUUGGAGAGACGGCAAACAGAGCAGUAGAAGAAGGAGGAUCCUCUCAUGUCAACAUGACGUCGUUUAUCCAAGACAUCAUGCAGCUGGCAAGAGUGCAACCGAUGGAAAAUAAAAAUAAAAAAUAGACUAUAUAUAUAUAGAGAGAAACUAGUUCUGUAAUCUGUAUGGAUUAAUCUUCGUAUUGAUCAAUAUAUGUACCAAAAUUUGUGCUGGUGAAUUUAUAAAUAAUAAGCAAAAUUUCCCUUAUUUAGAAAUACAAAUAAA